CUGAUUAAAAUUAUUAGUACAAAUUUAAUUGCGACCCUUGUUUUAGGAUUAUGUCGUAAACUUGUUUCUAGCAUCAGUAGGUAUUUUAAAAUUGGUUUUGUUGAUAGUAAAUAAUGAACAUGAAAUUAUUAAGUUUACCAUGCAGAUAUACUUUCAGCAGGCAUUUGUACUCCAGUUGUUCAGUAAAAGACGUUUUAAAUACACAAUCUGAAGGUUGUAAAAAAAAGUUAAAGGGUUGGGCAAGAGCAAUGCGUAAAAUGAAAAAUAACAUAUUUGUGGACUUAGAUGAUGGUUCUACACAUCGUCAUCUACAAAUAGUUGUACCUAAAAAUAAGAUUCCAGAUUCUUUGACCUAUGGGUGUUCUUUCGAAGCCGAGGGUGUUUUGGUCAAAAAUCCUAACAAUCAACUUGAAUUGGUAGCUGAAUCUAUUAAUGUUCAUGGGUCUUGUAUUAUCGAAGAUGGUUAUCCAUUUGGCCCUCGAAAAACUUAUCACCCAGAAUAUGUGAGACAACAUUUACAUAUUCGACCACGUACUGCAACCUUUAGUAGUCUUCUUAGAAUCAGAGAUAAAUUGUCUACGGCUGUUAGAAAUAGAUUUUCUGAAGACAAUUUUAUAGAAAUAAAUGCUCCAGUGUUAUCUUCUAAUGAUUGUGAAGGAGCUGGUGAAGUAUUUGCAGUUAAACCAGAUAGUAAUGAUUUAAUUAAAGAAAUGAUUUCAAAAGAUCAGUCUUCUAUGGAAGCUUUUUUUAAUGGACAAACAUAUUUAACAGUAUCUGGACAGUUGCAUUUAGAAUGUAUGGCACGAGCUCUAACUAAUGUAUAUUCAUUAGGGCCAACAUUUAGAGCUGAAAAUUCAAAAUCUAGAUUGCAUUUAUCAGAAUUUUAUAUGAUUGAAGCAGAGCAAGCUUUCAUUGAUAAUAUAGAAGAUCUCUUGAGCUCAAUAGAAAAAACUACAUCUACAGUUGUAAAACAACUAUUGGAACAAUCUGGUGAUGAAAUAGACCAUUACAGAAAAGCCAUUGGUGCUUCUAUAGACAAUGACCCUUUGAACAUGGUGAAUGUUCCUUAUGAAAUAAUUAGUUAUCAAAAAGCGUGUGAUAUACUAGAAAAAGAAAAUUGUUUUAAAAAUGAAAUGAUUCGUGGCAAACCUUUGGCUAAAGAACAUGAAUUGUUUUUAGUGAAAUAUAAUGGUCAGAAACCAAUUUUUGUCAUAGACUGGCCUAAAGAUUUAAAACCAUUUUAUGCUAAAUCUAUACCUAAUAAUGAGUCUUUGGUGUAUGCUGUAGAUCUAUUAUGUCCAAAUGUUGGUGAAUUAUGUGGUGGAAGUGUCCGUGAAGACAAUUAUGAUGUUUUAAAAGAAAAAUUGUCUUCUGUAGGAUUGGAAGACAAACUCAAUUGGUAUUUAGAAUUGAGACAAUUUGGUAAUGUGCCUACUGCUGGUUUUGGUAUCGGUUUUGAACGAUUUCUUCAAGUAUUGUUAGAUGUACAGAAUAUUAAAGAUACUAUUGCAUUUCCUCGAUGGCCACAUAAUUGUAAAAUGUAAUUCUUGAGUUUAAUAAUAAAACUUUUGUUUUUAUUAUUAC